UCUGAAUAACCGAGACAGCACUCAUGAGAACGUCGGAGUUUGGAAGGUUGGAAACACCGGUUUUGCAGGACGAUUCAAAGCGCUCGCAUCACUUAACCUUGAGCAUUUGUACCAAUGAAUAGUUUAUUUGCUUUGCCCUCUCCUGUGGAGCUGGACAUUGUCUUUGACGAUGAAUCUCAGCGGCAACGAGCCAUGGUCAAAAUGGACCCAUCUCAUCGUAUAUCGUGUCCUGUAUACGCAGACGGUGAAGCUAUCGCUGGAAAGGUGACGAUUCGUUUGAAAGACGGGCGGAGAACGGAACAUGCGGGGAUCAAAGUUGAUGUCAUUGGCAGCAUAGACUUUAUGAAAAAUCGAAAGAGGUCCUCUGAGUUUCUUCAUCGUUCUCAGGAACUGGCAGCUCCAGGAGAACUAUCGCAAUCAGCAUCGUUCAAAUUUGAGUUUAAAAAUGUGGAAAAAACCUUUGAGUGUUACCGAGGCGCGAACGUGAGAUUAAGGUACUUUGUUCGUGUCACCGUGGCUCGUCGAUUGGCAGACAUCGUGCAGGAAAGAGAUCUCUGGGUUUACUCUUACGAUAUACCAAAUGUGGAGAAGAAAUUGGUGAAGAUGGAAAUCGGUAUUGAGGAUUGCUUGCAUCUGGAAUUUGAAUAUAACAAAUCCAGUUACCAUCUGAAAGAUGUCAUUGUUGGGAAAAUAUACUUUCUAUUGGUGCGUAUCAAGAUCAAGAAUAUGGACUUGUCCGUGAUCCGACGUGAAAUUACCGGAACAGCGCCCAAUGUAUACAAAGAAAGCCAAACCUUAACAAAGUUUGAAAUCAUGGACGGCGCUCCCGUGCGAGGCGAAGCAAUUCCUAUCAGAUUGUUCCUUGGAGGCUUUGAAUUAGGUCCAACAUUCAAUGAUGUCAACAAAAAGUUCUCUGUACGAUAUUAUCUCAAUCUGGUGCUUACAGAUGACGAAAAUCGGCGUUACUUUAAACAGCAGGAAAUCACGAUGUAUAGGUCCAUAGACAGUGAAUAGUCGUGUUAUUUUCUGAAAGAUAAGGAUCGUUGAUUUGAUUGAAGAUCAUGAAUGAUGAUUGUCCGCCUUUUUUUCCCUUUUUUAAAACUGCGCUGAAAAGACUUUUGUCAAUAAGAUAUCCUUUUUUGGGGGACACAAAAUGAGUCACACCAAUCACACUCUCAAAUGAGCCCAGCGGAGGUGUAGGAGGUGUAUGCACACAGUGAGA